UUUUCCAAGUUCUUAUUCUCUGCUACUAAAGAUGAGCUCUUCUGCAGCAAAGCUGGUUUCACUAUUUCUUCUCUUGGGCUUCGCCGUUUUUCUGUUAACAACUUCAUCAUUCAUUCCUUAUGGUGACAAGAAGAGUUCAUCAUUGUAUAUUUUCGACUGCAAAGGCGUGUUGCGGAAGAGUACAGCAAUCGAAGAAGGCGGCUUUGGAUGUGAAAAUCUAGAAGCUGGCGAGCACAAACCGGUACCCUCACGGAGUCUGCGAAGCCUCCGAAUAUCACCUCCUUCGCCGAUUAAAAACAGGGCAAAGACAAACUUUGCCCCUGCCGCACCUAGUCCUCUAAUUGCUUAAGGCUUCGUUUGGAAUGAGAGUUCA